GAUUUAAGUAGGAGAUAGUUGGAGGAGGGCUCAACCACUACCUACUCCCUAUAAUACCAGUGAGAAGUAAUGAAUGUAUCUCAGGCAAUUAAAUUCAAAAUCGGUUUUAUUCUACGUGGCAUGAAAAAUCUCCGGUUUACCAGCUCUCCAUAAAUAAGAACGUUUCAUCCAUGUUAACACGCAUUAAGGCCCUUGGCUAAAAUCUGUCAACCAAGCAAGAAAACUGUGUCUUGUAUUGCUAAAGGACGCCAACCAGAGAAUUUUGCCACCAAAGAAUUUACACACUCAAAACUAUACGACUCGUUAAGGGUAUAUCUUGAAGUUUUGGGAAGUUUUUCGUUAGUAUCAAUGUUGUGGUAGUAUUGGGUAGGAGGCGUUCUAGUGGUCUAUUUGUUAUAACUAUGGGGAGUGGGGGUAAUAAGGUAGAUUGUGAUAUUUAAGAUCUCAUGGAGGAUUUGUAAUUCCGAUCUGCAGAUGUGAGGAAAGAUUGCAUUUUUUGGGGGGUGGGUUUGGAUUGUGGAUUCACAUUUUAAGGAGGAAAGAUUGUAGUUUUUUUUUUUGGUUUCCUUAGAUUGUGGAUUCACAUUUUGAGGAGGAGAUUUUGUAGUGGGUAAUGACAGCUUUUAGUGCACAUUUCGAAGAUUUUUGUGCUUGUCUGAGAUGUUUUGGACGUUGUGUUGUCUUUCUGAAGGUUUUAGAUGUUGUGUAAAAUCAGUUUUUGGGCGUUCAGAGAUGGUAUGAAGAGACCAUAGAUGUUUCCAAGGCCAAAUUUGGGUUCUUGUCGAUAACAUUUGUGUUCUUGUUGACAGAAUUUGAGGUGGUAUCAGAUGUUUCCUAGGGCUGGAUUGAACUGGGUUUGGUAGGAGACGGGCCAUUUGAAGAUAUUUUGUGUGAAAUUGAAUUGGGUGCCUAUAAAUAUGUUUGUCAGGCAGAACAAAAUGGGAAGAAGGUUGGUGGGGUUGCUGCAAAUGGCCCUUAUCAUGGUGGGCAGAGUUGUGGUGUACAUUGUGAGUUACAUUGUGUUUGGUGUUCUUGAUCUUCUUGAUCCUGUUCUGUGUGUUGUUUACAAGAUGAUUGAUUAUCUUGUGGAGGCGGAGUGGAAGCCAUGCUACUGCUUCUCUACACAGGAGGAUUGCAGUAGCAGGAGCAGGAGGAGCAUUCUGGUGAAUUCUCCAGAAGGGAAGACCAAGAUUGUGUGCCAUUGCCUUACAAAGGUCCAAAUGGAGGACAUCUCUGAUACACUGUACUCAAGGAAGCCUUUGUUCAGAGAGCUUGUGAUGUCUACUGUGUUUUGUAUCAAGAAGUUGAGAGUUUUCAAGGCCAAUCCUGCAGCAGUGCUGAACCCUAAUAACCAGAGGCUGAGGACUGCUACUUUGAAGCCUGCUUUUGCUGUCAAUUCUUCCACCAUUGUUGAAAGCCUUCAAGGUCACAAGGGGCAGCUGCAGGCACCUGUUAGUCCAAGAUGGUCUGACUGUGAUUGCCCCACCUGUGCCUCCUGGCAUUCCUCCUGCAAGGAAACCUUGUUUUUUACAGUUGAAGGCAAAGGUUCAGAAAUUUUCGACGUUCCCCAGGAUAACAAGCAUUUCAAAGCAGGUGCCUCCGACGUAAUAUUUAUUCACGGAUUUAUUUCCUCGUCAACUUUCUGGACGGAAACGGUUUUUCCCAACUUCUCGGAGUUGACCAAGUCAAAAUACCGGCUGUUCGCCGUUGACCUUCUGGGCUUUGGUCGGAGCCCCAAGCCCACCGACAGUCUUUACACUCUGACGGAACACGUGGACAUGAUCGAGCGGUCCAUAAUGCGGCCUCAUCGAAUCAAAUCCUUCCACGUCGUAGCGCAUUCUCUGGGCUGUAUUAUUGCUCUCGCCUUGGCGGCUCGAUAUCCUGGCGCAGUCAGUUCCCUAACGCUCUUAGCGCCGCCAUAUUUUCCAGUACCCUGUGGUGUUGAAGGGAGUGAUUUUGUUCUGAGACAGCUGGCACCGAAGAAAGUAUGGCCACCCAUUGCCUUUGGGGCUUCCAUUGCUUCCUGGUAUGAACAUGUUAGUAGGACUGUGUGUUUGCUCAUCUGCAAGCAACACCGUUUCUGGGACUUCAUUGCUAGGCAGAUCACAAGGAACAGAAUAAGGACAUUUCUAAUUGAUGGAUUCAUGUGCCACACUCACCAUGCUGCAUGGCACACCCUCCACAAUGUAAUAUGUGGGACUGCAAACAAAAUGGAUGCCUACUUAGAUUUGGUGAGAAAGCAAGAAGCAUGUAAGGUGACAGUCUUCCAUGGUAGGGAUGAUGAAUUGCUUCCUGCCAAAUGUAGUGAAGAUCUCAAGUGCAAGAUUCCUCGAGCUCGAGUUAAAAUUAUUGAGAAAACCGAUCAUAUUACAAUAGUUGUUGGUAGACAAAAAAUAUUUGCUAGAGAAUUAGAAGAAAUAUGGAAAGAAAAAUAAAAUGAAGAAGAGAACUAAUGAAAGAUUUUAUCAAAGAUAAUUUCUAGAUUAUAGUCUUAAUAUUGGAAGAGAUCAUUAAAAGAUAUAAUGAAUUCUUCUAAUACUAUAUUCUUAUAUCUGUUGCAAAAUGGUGGUGGUGUUGUAGAAGAUGUGUGAAGGAUCAUUCAUCUUGCAUUGCUUUUCAUUGUUUAUAGGUUUUGAAAGAAGUCAUAUUUAAAGUUUAAGAAUUAGGGUUUAUGUUUGGUUUCUCCAAACCAAACCCAUUGAAUGUGAGUAGUUAUAUCUUGGAGACUACUUUCCAUAAUAAAUUGUAUUGAUAUCAAAGACAAUCAAUUAUUUAGUGGAUCUUAUGUUUUCUUUUCUUA